AUGAAGUAUAUCGAGAUUCCAGAGCUAUCUCGCCUCGCGCAAGCCCUAUCGCAUGAGGGCCCCGAAUGCUCCGUUCACACCCGCAUAGAGGCCUACAGCUGCAAGAACAUCAAGCGCGACAAGAAACUCUUCAAGUCCCUCGAGCACGCGUAUAACGACGAGGUCUCCAACUCCCCCCCGGUCCCCUCCUUCAUCGCCCUCGACCGCGAGGCCGAGAUGACCCCCUUCGGCCCCAUCGACAAGCACGCCUCCCGCAAGACCCUCUACCUCCUCAUAGCCACCCUCAACAUCGCCUUCCCCGACCACGAGUUCUCAGACGUCAAACCUGCUCACUUCAACAAGGAAGAGAGCGGCGCCGGCGUCCUCAAUGCUCUCAGCACCACCCUCGUCGCCCCGCACCAUGCGGGCAUGCGGGCUCCGCGGACAUACUCAGCCUACCCGCCCACCUCGUCCGAGUUCUUCCCUUCAUCCCUCCCCACCUCCUCUUCCCCUCCCCAGUUCCUCCCGAGCCCUUUCGCCCCCCCGCAGAUCGUCACCGGCACGCACCCGUCCCUCUAUCGCAUACUCGACGACGUUAUUGGCCUCCCCGAGUGCGAAGUCUUCUCCUACGUCCCCGAUAUCGAGUCCGACCCGCACGCCAACGACUACUCCGACGACGAAGACGACAUCGCGAGCGUCGGCGACUCGGACACGUCGUCGGACGAACCCGAGGAGACGUUUGCGUUUGACGACUACGACGUCGAUGAGGCUGCUCGGCACCGCCCUGCGCACGGUUUGGGCGACCGCGCGCGGAUCUCGAGCGACGACGACGUGCUGGGCCAUGUACACGGGCGGCGCCACGGCGCGCUGCUGUGGAGCUCGCACUGGUUCUUCUUGAACCGCAAGCUCAAACGAAUAUUAUUCGUGUCUGUGUGGGCGCGGACGCGCGGUCUCAUGCACUACAGGGACGAGAUGGAGGAGGAAUAUGGGAACGUGGAGAAGGUUGCGACGAUCGGCGGCGAGCGCUUCUUGGGCUGGGAAGGCGCAAUAGGCUUGGGGGCCCGCGCGAUGGGGCUCAGUGCUUCUGUUUGA